AUGCAUUUGAACAUUCUAGGGUCUAGGAAACCCAGUUAGGUUAACAGUCCAACCUCUUUAAAGAAGCCCGCGAUAUCUUAACUUCUCAUUAAUUUCAGACAGCCUAUCAAUGUUCCUAACAGUUCAUAAGUAUCGCCGCAGAAUUCUGAACAAAAUCUGCAAAAAGCAUUACAUUCUCAUAAAGGAUCUCAGAUUGAUGUUGCAAAUCUAACUAAAUUGAUUAGACAGAGCAAAUCACCAAAUUUAGAAAUGAAUGAUGCAUAAAUCAAUUAGAAUUAAAGCUCAUAAUAAUUAUAGGCAUUAUUUGCCAAAGCAAGAGAAAUUACUUAAAGUAAAUCAAAACCACCAAUAAUUAAGCAAUAAGUCCAAUCAAUUUAAACACAAUCUAUUAAUCAAUUAAAAGAACUAUUUAAUGAUAAUUUAUAUUGUAGAAACACAUUUCAUUUUCAUUUUGUGGUUGGUAUAGGCGGUUUUGGUAAAGUGUGGAAAGUUGAGCACAAAAAAACUGGACAAAUAUACGCAAUGAAAGAGAUGUCAAAGGCAUUAAUUAUCACAAAAAAAAGUGUAAAUUCAGUUAUGAAUGAGAGAAAACUCUUGAGUGAAUUGAAACAUCCCUUCUUAGUUAAUAUGAAUUACGCUUAUCAAGACAGAGAAACACUUUAUUUAAUAAUGGAUUAUAUGUCUGGAGGUGACCUAAGAUAUCACAUUGGAAAAAUGAGAAGAUUUAAUGAAGAGUAGACUAGGUUCUUUGUGGCCUGCAUAUUCUUGAGUCUCGAAUAUGUGCAUGCAAAUAACAUUAUCCAUAGAGAUAUCAAACCAGAAAAUUUAGUUUUAGACAAUAAAGGAUAUGUUCAUUUGACUGAUUUUGGUAUUGCCAGAAUUAUGAAACCAGAGAAUUCAAAUGAUACAAGUGGCACACCAGGAUAUAUGGGUACAAAUCCAACUAAUAUUUUAGCUCCUGAGGUGAUGUACAGGUAAAAUCAUACAUUUGCCGUUGAUUUUUAUGCUUUGGGAGUUAUUGCUUAUGAAUUUAUGUUAGGAAGAAGACCAUAUGUAGGAAGAUCUAGAUAGGAAAUCAGAGAUUCAAUUAUGGCUAAAUAAGUUUAAAUUAAGAAAUCUGAUAUACCAGAGAACUGGUCAUUAGAGGGUGCUGAUUUUAUAAAUAGACUACUCUAAAGAAAACCUGAAAAAAGAUUAGGCUUUAAUGGUAGUUAAGAAAUCAAAUAACACUCAUGGUUUAAGAAUUUUCCUUGGUAAAAUUUAGAGAAUUUUGAAUUAGUUCCCCCCUUCCAACCAAAUAGGACUGAAGACAAUUUUGAUUAAAAAUAAAUAUUAAUUGAAGACGAAGAGAAUAACGAAUUGAUCUAACAGAAUCUUCUGGUUUUAAAAGAUCCUUCCUCUGUAGAAUUAUUUUAGGGUUAUGAAUUUAAUGCUAAUCAGAGUAUUAAUAAAAAUUCAUCAACCACUGAUUAAUCGUCAAGUUCAUCAUCUAAGCAUAGUCGAAAUUUCAGCUAAAAUAUUGAAAAAUAAUAAUUCUUUGAGCAUGCUCAUAAAUGA